AUGGAUGACUUUGGAGAAUACGAUGAUUACGAGUGGGAUGAUUGGGAGGAAACUAAUUUAGAUAAUGAUGACUUGCACGAAACAGGAUUGGAAGAUUUGGAUAGACAGGAUGACGAAUUAUGGAUGACGGAUUUUAAAAGAAACAACGAAGAUGAUACAUCCACAAAAAGAAAAAGAGAAACUAAUCUUCUAUAUACGACCGGAUCAUCCGUCCAAUUAAAAUCCGAACAUAUGAAAAAACUUUUUACAGAAAAUUAUAAUUUGAAUCCAAACGACGGACCGAAUUCCCGGAAUCUAUUUUCUCGACUGGAUGUUGUUGAUAAAUAUUGGUUGACGUUCGAUAAUGUUAAAGUCGCAUUCAUCGAUAGAAAUGGAAAUUAUUUCCUAUCAAAAAAUACAUCGAACGUACAGGGACUAAAAGAUUUUAGGACCGCCUUCGAAAUGGCAACGGAAGAACAUAGAAAAACAUUAAAUAGUAUUACGGAAGAAGAAACAGGGGGUGGUGAUAAUACCGAUGCUAUUUCUAACGAUGUCCGUGAUGAAAUUCAUCGCGAAAAUAUCGACGAUAAUAUUGAAUUUCACGAUCGGGUUUUACAAUUACAUCGCGACGGAAAAUUUACCGAACAAGAAACAAGAAAAUUGGUGGGAAUUACAAGACCCAAAGGAAAACCCGAAGAAAGAAUAAAAUAUUUGAAGAUAGAACGUGAAAAAAUCAAACAGGAUUAUAAGGAUGAAUCCGAUCCCGAACGGAAAGACAUUUUUCGCGAAGCCUUAGAAAUUAUCGAACAAAAUAUCGACGAUGCCAAAUUAGAAAUGUACGAACGUCCCGAAUCCGAAGAAGGAAUUCAUCGCGUCCGUGAAAAAUUCGGUGAGGAUACGCGUACAAAAUUUGAAAAAUUUACAGUGUGGGCCAGGGAAAAUCUCGGAGUUUUAUCGGCCAUCGCUAUUUCCAUUGCAGGCAUUAUUACAACCGUCGUCGUCGCCGGAAAAAAGACAUUGGUCGAUGCUGCCAAGGGGGUAGGCGCAGUCGGAAAAGCCCUGGCGAAAGUCGCAAAAGCGGCAUUACCCGUCUUGGUUCCGAUCUUAAAUAUGUUAGCGACCAUUUUAAAAUGGGGAGCCCAAGGAUUAGAAUUUCUUGCAAAAAAUUUAUGGCUGGUUGCUAUUCUCAUUGCUACUUUCAUCUACGACUAUUACAAAAAGAAAAAAGAAAAUUUUUUAUUUCAUCUUUCCAUGAAAUAA